UAUAAUAUACAUAUUUUUGAGUAUCCCAAGUGAAUGGUAUGAAAAUGUGUUAAAUAAUUAAACAGUUUAAAAAAAUAACAUCUUAUCUGGAUUAUAAGAAGCUGAGGCAUAAGACAAUUACCAAUUAUAUCAAUAGUAUACAUUUUUUAAUUAUUAGGUACAUCGUAACGAUGGAUAAUCACUAUGGAAAUCCGAGUACGGAUCAUACAGUACUUGCUAGUGACAAAAAUGAUUUGAUUAAUGUAAAAAGGGCUCUAGUUUUUCGGAACUAGCAGUUGAAAAUCUAAACGAAAAUCAUAAUGUAGAUGGUUAAUCGAAAGUUAUUGUUGAAGAAGAAUCAACAGUAGAUGUAAUCGAGGCUUCAAAUCCCUUUAGAUCAAUGUUUUCUGAUCAAUGUGAUGAGCCCACAGCCGAUUUAAUGAGUCCUAAUCCUGAAAAAAAUCUAAUGGAAAUCGAAAAGCCGUCUAGUUCUCUUGGAUGGACAGUAGAGAAUCAAUGCGAUAAUCAGAGCGCAGAUCAUUGUGGGUCUAGUAAUUUUUUCGAAUCAAUAGAAUGUCAAUGCAACAUGUCAGAUGAGUCAUCAAUUGCUGAAAAAGAUUUAACAAAAAUACAAGAUUCUUCUAAUCCUUUUGUAUUAGCGAUAGAGAAUAAAUGUGAUAGUAAAAAUUUAAAUAAUUUAUCAAAUACUGCUGAGAAAAAUUUAUCUCAAGAUAUUGAUUCUAAUCCUUUUGAAUUGACAGAAAACCAAAGUUAUAAUCAGAACACAGAUGACAAUUUAUUAACUGCUAUCGCUAAAAGACAUUUUAAAAAAGUCAAAAAGAUAAUCAACUUUUUUGGAUUAUCACAUAACCCGUCAUGGUUAAAUGGAUAUACUCCGCUUCGUAUUGCGAUCAGAAAUAAAUGUAAACAAAUAGCAAUAUUUCUAUUGAAUAAAAACGCUGAAGUUAAUAGAGUUGACCAAGAACCGCACGAUACUCCACUUCAUUUAGCGAUUAAUAAAAAUUAUUUUGAAAUAGUUGAAAUGUUACUGAAAAAAGAAGCUGAUAUCAUUAAACUAAAUUUGUUGGGUAAAACUCCACUGGACAUUGCAAUAGAAAGAGACAAUAUAAUAAUUUUUGAAUUAUUCGUGGAAUAUAUAACAGAUAGUAUUACUAAAGAUAAUUAUAUAAAACUGUUAGUUCAUGUCGCUAUUAAAGGUGGACACUACCUAACCGUAAAAACACUUCUGGACUACAAAGCAGAUGUUAAUAAGAUGUGUUUAAUGUAUGGAAAUGAAGAAUUUUCCCCAUUGCAUUUAGUCUGUAACUUCUGCCAAUUACAAAUAGCUACAUUGCUACUAAGCAGAGGCGCUGAAAUUAAUAUAAAAAAUAAUAAAGGCUUAUCACCAAUUAGCAUUGCUGCUAAACGUGGAUAUUAUGAUAUUUUUAAGUAUCUGAUUGAAAAUGAUAACUUUUACUUAGACUGUGACAAUGUUAGAUCAAUUUUGCAUAGCGCUGUUAAAAGUAAUUUAUCUCAAAUACUCAUACUGGUUAUUGAUGACAUUUAUGAAUUGGAUUCUAAAGAUAAUCUGAGAUAUGAAGUCGAUACUAAUUCAAUUAGUAACUUAUCAGGCCUUCCACUUCUUCACAUUGCAGCUCGUUUUGACUCUGACCACUGCAUUGAUAUUCUUGUUCAGUUUGGAGCCUAUGUUGAUUUUAAAGAUCAAGAUGGAAGAACGCCGCUUCACUUUGCUUAUCAAUAUGGACGACAGAAAUCUGUGGUUAGUCUAAUUAAAAAUGGCGCCGAUGUCAAUGAAAUCUGUAGGAAAGGCUACACACCUUUUGAGUAUUCACAAGUACCAGAACUCAUGCGUAAUUCAUCAUAUGAAGGUGACUGCUCUGCGUAUGAUUAUGAGGAGGUCAAUUAUGUUUUAGAUGAAUAUACUCCUGAAAUAAUUAGAAACUACUUUGCUAACCAUAUAGCAAAGAUGAAAAUUUUAAAUUUAUAUGUCAAUGAAAAAAAUUACGAUGCGUUGAUCGCAAUCAGUAGUGAAACUAAAAAUUUAUUUCAACAACAAAAUGAAUAUGAGAGGGAAGAUAAAAAUAUGAAAAAUAAAAUAAUAAGUUGCACUAUUACAUAUUAUAAUUUUGUGAAAGCCAAUUUAAAUCAAUCAAUUAGGUAUUUAAGCUACGAAAAUUUAUUAAACACCUUGAAAAGUGGAAACUAUAAUUCAAUGUUUCCAAAUUAUUCGACUAUUAUUAAUGGCUGUUUUCGAAAAGCUCUUGUGAGAAAAAAAUUACUUGACGAGGUUGAUGAAUACCCUAUUUUUGAUAUUAUUUUAGAAUUAUCUGAUCCUUGUAUUAGUAAAAUAUUUGAUUACUUGAGCAACGACGAUUUGAAAACUCUAAUUAAUAAAUAUAAAUUUUCAAUCAAUGACGAUGGUGAUCAAUAAAAAUGACAAGGACAUAUUUUUCGAAGCGUGGUAAAAUUAUACAAAAAACUUAAAACUUUCUAAUUCAAUAUAACGAAAAUAUUCAAUAGAAAUAGUAAUUAAUAUAUGCAUUAACUCAUCAUUUUUUAAUGAUAAAACUAGCUAUAAUGUAUGAAUUAUCAUUUCUAAUAAAAAUUUUUGA